UGGAAAGGGGAAGGAGCUGCACGGGACGGGAGCCACUUCUUGACCUAUUUCAGCCACUUCUUGACCUAUUUCAGCCCCUUUUAUGCCUGCCAUGGACAUCCCAGUGACGCAGCUUCCUCCGGGAGACCCUCGUCUUGUGGAAGCCAUCGUUGGACAGUUAAAAUCGAAAGGAAUAUUCGAUCAGUUUCGAAAAGAAUGCUUAGCUGAUGUUGACACGAAGCCUGCCUUCCAAAACUUACGGCAGCGUGUCGAAGGCCAUGUCAACAAAUUCUUGGAAAAGAACACAUGGAAAAAUGACCUGAACAAAAACCAGCUGCGUGAUGGAGUGCGCAAGCAUGUACAAAACUUGGGCAUCCUUGAGUCCGGCAUCGAUGCCAUCAUCACACAGGUGUUGAACCCGAAGAUUAAGCCACUAAUUCUUCCCUAUGUGGAGGAUACCGUCUACACCUUCCUGCAGAUUGACAAGCCCAAAAGAGAGAGACAAGCAGGCACAAAUAAGGAUCCACAAGACACUGGGCAGCCCCAUCUAGGCAUGAAUAUCAUAGACACUAAGCCAAGCCUGAUCCCCAUGGAGACAGAUGUCAUCUCAUCAGAGGAGGAUGACAUCUUGGCAAGAGAGUCCCCUGAUAGCUUGCACAAAUCACCGCCAACACCUCACGAUGCAGUGAUGAAGUCUGUAGAUGAUAAUGCUCAAGAUGGAUUUGGGAGCUACAGCCAGUAUGAAAAGGCAGAAGAUCAACCAGAUGCCCUCACAGGGCAUGUUGAAAGACUAAACUUGGAUGAAGAACAGGACAGUAAGCCAAUGCUAGCAGCCAAGCCAGCCCCUCUACCUCUUUUCGAUGACCAGUCUCUUGACAGCAUAUCAUCCAACUCCUCUGGCCUUACCUUCUCCCCACUCUCAGGUAAAGGAUCACCUAGCAGUAGGAAAUCACAAGAGAAUCUUUCAAAACUGGAUGAGAGCCCCAAAGCAAUGCAGAAUCUGCGCUCCACCACCUCCACCCCACUUGUUGAUGAGAAGCCAGCUGCUGAGGAUGAAGAGGCAUCCAAAUCUUCCCUUGAAAGUGAACCCAUGAAAGAGGCUGAAGAUAUGGAAUCCAAGCCCCCAGAACCUUGUAACUCUCAAACAAGUCAGCCAGCUCCAACUUCCUCGGAGACACCAAUGCAGACACCUUCUCACUCCAGCAUUGGAGCUGGGAAAGAGGAUGACACAAUGCUGUCUGGUACAAGCCUGGUGAGUUUAGAUGAGGAUUCACAAGAGAGCAAGGCCUCCAUCUCAAAGGUGAGUGUUACUUCUGAAAAGUCAGAAGCUGAAGAGAAAGCUAAGUCUGAGAAGUCUGAAGGUGAAAUCACCUCCUCAAGCUCAGAACUCAGUGACAGUGAUAACAAAGGACGGCAUGGGGAUCGCCCCCGCUACCAGGAAAAACACUACUCUGAUUAUGAAUCAUCACACAAGUCUAGCAAGGGAAAGAGUGAAUACAAGAGCAAGCAUGACUCCCACAGCAGAGAGAAAGACAGAGAGAAAGACAAGGAUAAGGACAAGGACAAGGAAUCACGCCACAGCAAAGAGAAAGACAGGAAACACUCUAAGUCCCGUGAUGACCACCACUCCCACAGAGACCGGGACAAGAAGCACCACCGGAGGGACAAGGACCAUGAUGGUGACAGAGACCGUUCAAGAGGCCAUCACCAUGAAUCCUCCUCCAGCUCCCACAAGGAAGGCUCCAGCUCAGGCUCAGGGAAGAGCUCAGGAGACAAGGACAAGGAACGCUCUAGCCAUCAGUCCAGCGACAAGUCCUCAGAAGGCAAGAACAGGCGUGACACCCCAAAUGAAAAGUCUGAAAGCAAGUCCAGCGAUAAGGUCAGCGAAAAGUCUGAAAAGAAGUCUAGUGAGAAGUCUGGGAGCAAGUCAAAUGAUAAACCUGACAGUAGAUCCAAGGAGAAGCUAGACAAAAAGUCCAGCAAAUCAGAAAGUAAGUCAAGUAGUAAAUCAGACAGUAAACAAAGUAGUCAGAAGACAGACAAGAAAGUAGAGGGAAAUGAUAAGUAUUCAUCAAAACACAAAAAAGAUGGAAAACGGGAAGACGAAAAGCAUAAGAGUGAAAAUAAAGAAGAGAAGAGGAAGAGAGAUGAGAAGGAGAGCAAACGGGACAAGGAAGAACGGGAUAGCAGAAAAGAGUUGAAAGACAAAAAAGCAAGAGAUGACAAGGAUAGCAGAAAGAAAGAAGACCGAGAAAGCAAAGAUCCCAAAAAGGAAAAGGAUGACAAAGAUAAUAAGAAAGAAAAGGAAGAGAGAGAGACCAAGAAGGAGAAGGAGAAGAAGAGCAUUAAGAGAGACAAAGUGAAUACCAAGGAGGAAGACAAACCCAGCACAAUGAACGUUACAGAGAAGCGCAAGCUGAAAAAAGAUGAAGAAGCUCAAGCAGAAAAAAAGACAAGAGUCACAGAGACAAAGCAGGAAGAACAGCCCCCAAAGAAGAGGAAUGUCAUUGACGAGAAGAGUGACAAGCAUCAGGAACUGCAGCUGCAAGAGGACAGUUAUGUGCUGGUGAAUGACGAGGGCAACAUCCUGCUUUGCUAUACCAAAGAGGAUGAGGAGACACCCGACCUGACACCGGUGGUGACACCAAAGGCCCUGUUUGACAGUGAUGAGGAUUCACAGCCUGAAUCCUUUGAAGGCUUUGGGAACAACAACAAUAAUAACAAGAAGGGUGAAGUGAAUGACUUUGAGGGCUUUGAGAGCUGCAAGUCAGACUGCAAACUCUCAGAAUAUUUGAAGAUGGUGACCAGGAUUCCUGAUGAGAUGGACAUGGAGUGCCAUGAGUGGUUUGAAGAAGAGGACCUGCAACUGUCAGUCGAUGCCAGUGACCUGACAGGCAAGGUGACACUGGAAGAGUUUCUCCGAUGUAUGCAGAUGCUUGGUGCAAUCAUAAGAGAUGCAAAUGGUGUAAUCCAGGAGUAUAAUAAUACUUCUGAGGCAAACACCUUAAACCAGGCAAGUAAGAAACAGCCUUGCAACCCAGAAGUUAAUCCCGGAAAGAGACGGAGAAUGUCAACCUGCAGCUCUGCCUCUUCCAGCAAUAGUUCAUCUGGGUCACCCAAGCACAAGCGUUCAAGAACAGACAGUAGUCUAGCAGCAAGUGAUUCAACACGGCUGGCAGAGCAGGGAUCUGUCAUUGUCAGUGGCUAUGCCCUCUUGACCCCAGAGGAUGAUGGCAACAGGACCUCUUGCAGAGAGUAUGAUAAGCAAAUAAACCUUCCAGAAGUGGACUACAGCCAGAGGAUCAACACCUACAGCCCAUUGUCUCCUGCAAGUGACUCAUCAGCUGAUGAUGGGAAAGUCAAAUCCAUUGACAUGACAUUAGAGUCCAACUCAGGCAAUGUCAAGUCCAUGGCUGAGGUUGCAGAAGCAAAAACAACCAGUCCUGCCAAGAUGUACAAAACUGACUCAUCGUGGCCGAGUGAAGACAGCAAUUUAUCAGUGUAGAUCAUCUAGGAUAUUUUGUGAAUGUUUUUAGUGUGACUGAAGGUUCAAUGAGUUUAGUAAAGGGUAUAAAUGAGUCUUUUUCUUUCUUGAAAUACCAAUUAUUUGGUUAAUUUAUGAACUAGUAAUUCACAUGGGUGGAAUGACACAUCAUCAUGUAGAUUUUGACUUGUAGAAAAAAUAGAGUUUCUCAUAAAACUUUUAUCCAUAAGUAAGAUUUUGAUAAAUGCUGACACUUUUUUGUCUGAUUUGAUAUAAGUGAAUCUUCUCUUAUAUAUUGAAGAAAUGGCAUACAGCUUUUGUUUUUGUUUUUCUAGAAAAAAAGUGACACCUAGUCCCACUCUGUUUAAACAAAGCCCCUCAAACAAGCUAUGUCUCUAAUAUUGUUGAAAUUUGAACAGAAUUGUCACAUGUACAUUAGUGCCAGUUGUAUUAUUGAUUUGAUCUGAGGUUGUAUUCUUUUUUACUUUCUUGAAUGGCUGAUGUGAAAGGAAUUGUUUAUUUAAAAAUUUCUUUUCCCCUUUUCUUAUGGUUUGUAAGGUAGAUAAUGAAAGUUACCUUUGUUGCAGUUUGCUUGCAAUAUUUUUUUAUGAUUUUUUAUUUGUGUGGGAAGAGUGAAGACGUAAGAUUUUAUUGUUGUUACUUUUAAAAUCUUGGAUUUGCAUUAACCAGAGUUUGAGUUUAUUUUUCAACAAGGUACCUUGAUAAAUAGAUUAUGUAACCAUAUUUUAAUUGUAAUAAUUGUUUUUGAUAUAUUCAGAUUACAAAUUGAGAAAAUGAAAUAGGAUUAUUCAGCCAGUUAUUUAUAUUAUUGUUUCCAUAACUAUUUUUUGUAUGUGUAAAACUUACUUGUAUAUUUUGGAUUUUUUGAAAGAGGGUUUAUACUUAAUAGUACUUAGUACAUAUUUUUAUUUAUACAAGGGUGAGAAUAUGGAGAUGCAAGUACAGCCCUUGGUUUGCAACAUUUGUACAUAUUUUGAAAUCAUACGUGUAAAAUUCACAUUUUGCUGGGAGCAUUUUCCUCUUUAGUUCACUCGGGUUAUCACAAGCUUCAUCAAUAUUACAGGUUGCAUUGGAAGGGUUUGUCCAUGUAGUCUUAGGGAGUAUGUGAAAGUGACAGACUUUUCAGACUCUGUGUAUGUGUGUGUGUGUGUGGGUGUGCCCGUGUAAAUAGAUUUCACUUUAAUUACCUACUAUCAGAAUGUUGGAGAACGUCUCCAUGUAUUUAUAAGAUUGCCAUUUAUGUUGGUAAUUUGUACGAAUGCUGCAUUAUAUAUGCCUUUUGUAAAGUAUGCCCUUUAUGAUGGCUUUAUAAUAACAGCAGGUGACUUUUUUGUCAUUUUCUCUUUUUUUCUUCUGUCAGCUUGCAGUUCAAUAAGUUAUUGUACGUCAUAUUAUGAGGCGUUUUGUAAGGAGAAAAAGUCAUGACGUGCAUUACCAAAUAAAAGUCUGAAUGCAUA